GCCUUGCAGAAUCUCCGGCAGCUGGGAGUAACGUAGUUGUGUCUCCCUCAAGAGGCCGCUAAUGGGAUAGCAAAUCGGCAAGCUGCUCCAUACUCUUCUCUCUCUCUCUCCAUCUCCCUCCCCCCGGCUCUUCGGCUCUCUCCCUCCCAGUCUUCUGUCCUGAGUUUCUGAAAACUAGGAGGUGGCGGAAGGACGGGUUUAUACAACAAGUGCGAGUUCUAGGGAAUGCAGCAGGUUCUUUUCAUGUGCAGCUCAGGAAGAAGUCAUCUUUAAAUCCUGUCUUGGACACGUUCCCUUUUUAAGUUUCUUCAUAUUCAGGAGCAACAUUUUUCUUGGCACGGAUUGUACUUCACAGGAGCCUGGAACAUCACUAAGGCUCCCUGUUUUACUGAUGAGCACAACAUAAUAUCUUGACCACCCUUUUAACUAUUUCCUGAAUCUGGACACUUUUCUCUCAAUUGUCUUCAGUAGAGCUGGUCACUGUUUGAAUGGUGAUAUUUUUCUUUUCUCCUCUAUGUAAACCAGUCAGUGAGAUGAUUUGGUCUUUACUAUUUGAAAUGACCUGUAAGCUCUGUGCUGCCAUUCUUUUGGGCAAAACACCUAUAUUUUAGGCCAAGGAAAAACUGCCGUACAUCACUGAUGUUCUUUUCAGAAUCUGGAUUCUGAAGCCGGUUUCCUUUUUCAAAGGAGCUUGUUCUAAUACUAAUUUGAGAAACUGAGCAUUCCAUUCAGAGAGAGCAUCAGCUUUGUUUUCUUAUGAUCCAAACUGAAGACGUUCCAGGGCCAGCGAGUACAGCAGAGUCCAGGUGCAGCAAGCAUACCGAUCGUCCCCUGACACUCUGGACCUCAUCAGCAGGUUUUGCCAUCAGUGGUAACCUAGCCUGCACACACUGAAGACCAUGAUGAUGAAUGAGAUCCAGGAGCUGUCUUCGCCAGCAGCAGCUCUUAGCGUGGUACCCACGGCUUGUGUCUCUAAAGUAGAGCUACGGGUGUCAUGCAAGUCUCUUCUAGACCGGGAUACCUUGAAUAAGUCUGACCCUAGUGUCAUCCUAAUGGUGCAAGCACAGGGGCAAUGGACUGAGAUCGACAGGACCGAGGUCAUUAAGAGUAAUCUGAACCCGGUGUUCUCUAAAGUCUUCACUCUGGACUAUUACUUUGAGGAAGUUCAAAAACUGCGCUUCGAAGUGUACGACAUCCAUGGCCACUGCAGUAUCGGAACUCGCGAUGACGACUUCCUUGGGGGCAUCGAGUGCACCCUGGGGCAGAUUGUGGCCCAGAAGAAAAUGACAAAGCCUCUCUUCUUGAAAUAUGGAAAAUAUGCUGGGAAGUCCACCAUAACAGUUAUUGCUGAAGAGAUUUCUGGAAACAAUGGUUAUGUGGAACUUUCCUUCUGUGCCAAGAAAUUGGAUGAUAAGGAUCUCUUCAGUAAAUCGGAUCCCUUUUUGGAGAUCUACAGAAUCAACGAUGACGAAAGUGAGCAGCUUGUUUAUAGAACUGAGGUUGUCAAGAACAACCUGAACCCUGUCUGGGAGGCCUUCAAAGUCUCGCUGAGCUCCUUGUGCAGCUGCGACGAGAGCAGGAAGCUGAAGUGUCUGGUCUGGGAUUAUGACUCCAGGGGGAAACACGAUUUUAUCGGGGAGUUUUAUGCUACCUUUGGAGAGAUGCAAAAAGUCAUGGGAGGAAAUAAGGUCAGUUGGGAUUGUGUAAAUCCCAAAUACAAAAUGAAGAAGAGGAACUACAAGAAUUCUGGUGUCGUCAUCCUCAGUGAUCUCAAGCUUCACAGAGUGUAUUCCUUCUUGGACUACAUCAUGGGAGGAUGCCAGAUACACUUUACUGUAGCCAUUGACUUCACUGCUUCCAAUGGGGAUCCCCGAAACAGCUGCUCAUUGCACUACAUCAACCCCUACCAGCCCAAUGAGUAUCUAAAGGCCUUGAUAGCUGUGGGGGAGAUCUGCCAGGACUAUGACAGUGACAAAAGGUUCUCUGCUUUGGGCUUUGGUGCACGGAUUCCUCCAAAUUAUGAGGUUUCUCAUGACUUUGCCAUUAAUUUCAACCCAGACGAUGAUGAAUGUGAGGGUAUCCAGGGGGUAGUGGAGGCUUACCAGAACUGCCUUCCCAAAAUCCAGCUGUAUGGCCCAACGAACGUAGCCCCUAUCAUCACCAGGGUGGCCAAGCUAGCUGCUGGGGAGGAAAAGUCCAAAGACGCUUCACAAUAUCACAUUCUGCUGAUCCUCACGGAUGGAGUGGUCACAGACAUGGCUGACACUCGCGAGUCCAUCGUCAGAGCCUCCUACCAGCCCAUGUCCAUCAUCAUCGUGGGAGUGGGCAAUGCGGACUUCACCGACAUGCAGAUCCUGGAUGGGGACGAUGGGGUCCUCCGCUCGCCGAAGGGAGAGCCAGUCCUCAGGGACAUCGUGCAGUUUGUGCCCUUCAGGGACUUCAAAACGGCCUCUCCUGCUGCCUUGGCGAAGUGUGUUUUGGCUGAGGUUCCGAAGCAAGUGGUGGAGUAUUACAGCUACAAGGCCUUUGCGCCGAAGAUCCCGAUAGUGGAUUCACCCAACUCCAUUGCCAACACCCCCGAAUAGGAGAGCAAAGAUGUAAAAAGAAACUUCUGUUUGGAUGGCUGAGGUUUGGGCUGGGAAUUGCACAAGAAUGAGAAAGGGGAAAAAAACCUGUUUUGAACUGUUUACAUCAUGGGGGAAAAAAAAGUAUACUUCAAGUCUGCUGCUUUAAAACUAGGAUUUAGAGUCAGAUCAUCUCCUACGACUUGGCCUCCCUGUACAGUGUGAAAAAACUGUGAUUCUUUGCUGCGGUCUUCAUGUUGGCUGGGGAAAGCACAAUGAAAACAUUCAGAACGAUGUGGUUCCAGGCCCGGGGUUUCAUACAACUGCAUUGCUACAGUUGUGCUUCUUAUCUGUUGCACAGCAGUGCUCCUGACUACAGGCUGCACUUGCCCUGCCUUUCUCUGCUUCUUUUCAGUUCUGUGGUUUAUCCCUGGCCCAGUUGGAAGAACCCAUUAAAAGAGGUAAUGGCACUUAGUCUCUAGGACAGAACUGAGCUUGUACGGAAACUGAUUCUUCUGCCCUAUAUCAUUUCAAAGUAAAAGUCUUAAAAUGUUCCUGCUAGGGUCGGCUUCAUAAAUUGAAUGUGUUUAUGAAAUAUAUUAAAGCUCCUAAAAACUAGAUCUCCGGCAUAAAAUAGAACUUUGAAAGUUGUCAUUAACUAAAAUUUUCUGACACACCAGGAACCAUUUGUUUCCAGUACUCUUUAGAACCAUAUACCACUGUAUAUUAGAUUGCUUGAACACAGAACAGUGAACCUUCAAGACGAAAGAUGAGUAUUAUAUUUUUAUGUCCAAAAAAGAAAACAUAGUGGUGAAUUUUAAGCAGGUAUUCAUAAUACUCUUGAGUGAUCUAUAUAGCCAUGCUAAAGCAAGUACAGGAUCAAAUUUUUAUUUUAUUUUUAGGAGUGUAUUAUAGCUGACUGUUAUUAUAGUAUAUGUCUGGUACUUUAAACAGUACAGUGUACAUUGUACAGUGGUUUAAGCGAAUACAGUGUGAAUACACUUGCAUAGCCCAGAACUUUGUGUACUUGGUUCUUUUUAGUCAACGAGUCAGCAGCAGAACAGAAGUAAUUAUAGAAAUUAUGGUCUUUCUUUAGAGUUGAGCAGUGGUUGGAGGGUAUAAUUGUAAAGACAGCAUUAUUACUGUUAGACCGCAUCCUAGUGAGGUUUAUACAGUAGCUGCAGGAUUUUUAAAUACAUUGCAGGUUUUCAUUGCCCUCUGUAGGGAAAAUCAGUUCUUUCACAUUUCUUAAAGAUAGGUACUGCAUUUUCAGUCUUCUGAUUAAAUAUUAGAUUGCUUUUCAAAGGAUAAACCACAUCUUUAUGGCCAUUUAGUAGAGUAAGUUGAUAUCAUAUAUUUAAUUAUUUAUUGUUUGCUUCCAAGCAGACAAAUCCAUGUCAGUGGUUCCCUUGCAAACAAUUUAAAGAAUCUGGAGAUUCCUGUACCUCAGUUAAGCUUCUGAAAAAGCUGCUGUUGUUUUGGGGGAAAAAAAAGAAAGGUAGACUGAUUUAUAGAGUUAUUUGCUAAAAUUUAAAUUAAGGUUUGUGUUAAUUUAGGAUACAGUAAAUUCUAAAAAAAAUCAUUUCUUCAAUGUUGUUAAAAUUUAACAUAACAGUGACAUCACCUAGUAAGAAAAUGCAGUUAGGAAUGUUUGUUGAGGUGUGAGGUAAAGUUUGUCUGAGGGCCAAACACCAGGCUGAAGUCAGGACCCCCUUACAGACUGAAUUAAGUAUAGACGGGUAUUAACCAAGAGGUAGAUGUCAGGACCCCCUUACAGAGAGAGGCGUUAACCAAGGGGUAGCUGCAAAGGUGGUGAUGGGUUGUAGGAGAGAAAGACGCAUGUCAGCAAGAGCAAGAGGCCUACUUGUCAUGUUUCUACUUUUACAGGAAGUGAUAUCAUGGAGGAUUAUUGAAGACAUAGUGAAGAGGGAGACCGUAGUUGCCACUACCCUUCAAGAACCUUUGUUAAAAACACCAUUUAGGUAGCAUUUAUCCAUAAUUAUUUGUGACAUGUAUAUUUCAGUGUCUAUUAUGUCUACAUUCCUCAGAUUUACACAAAAUGUGCAGAAUUUCCUAUGAUAUGGAGCAAUGUACAAUAGUACUGCAGAAAUGUCUGUGCACUAGAGGAGAGCAUUGCGGUGAAAGCCAGGUGUUUAAAUAAUCAGCCUUGACAGUAGUAAGAUGUAACAUGAGCACAGAACACUGUCCGCAUGAAUGUGAAGGUUGCUAACAUUUUUUCUCCAAACUUGUAAUUAACACUUCAGCAGCAGUCUGCAGGCUGGUGUUAUAUUCCUGUUUUAGCACAAAGUGGGGAAAAAAAAAACAGAUUAAGAUUUACAAGCCUGUAGACAGGUUUUUUGUUGGUGUUGUUCUCUUUGCAUUUGUAAGAGGAGGUAGCUGUAAUUGCCGUAUGAGUUCCUGCUAGUUGACGUCAAUGCUUUCAAAGUAGGGCGCUUGUGGGAGCUUUCCAGCUGAACCCUGAAGAAGCCAGUGCAGUAGUCAGCUGUGAGUCACUCAGUCUCUCCUGUCCCUGCACCCUCAGCAGUGGGCUCUGUCCUUGACCCUGGCAGUGAGUGCUGCCACAGUUGGACUUCACUCUGUGCAUCUGUGACUGUUGGGACCUCCAAUUUUUAAUACAAAAGUGCUACAUUUCCCAAGAGAGAUUUUCUGAUCCACUUAGCUUUGGGUGGUUUUUCAUCUUUUGAAGCCUUAUCUUUUCAUGAUCUCUUCUGGUGCCCAGGGAGAGCACAGAUUAUGCUCUGUUGUCUUUGCUCUUUUCACUGUGGAAUGGCUUGACAAUAUGAUGUAUAGCACAAUUUGUAUCAGCAAGUCUGCUGUUGAAAGAAUUUUCAGGAAGUAAAUGUUCAUGAAGAACAAAAAGCUGUUCUUCAUGGUAUGAUAAAAAUCUAAAUACAAUGCAAAAUGUAUAAAAUGAGGAAAGUAGUGUCUUGCAAGCGUCUCUUGCAAGUAAGCCUCUUGUCCAAGUCUGUUAUGUAUGUAUGUAUUCCUGUUAUUGUUCUUCAAAAGAAUUUUGAAAGUUAGGAGUGAGGUCUGUGGCAUGAAUGUUAUGAUAUCUCAAGAUGCUACUUCUCAUAAUGUUGGAGUUUUCACAUUGAUUUCUGCCAGGUGCUCUGGUUUACUCCCAUAGUCCACAGACAGGAGAUGAUUGGGCCCUGAUGUGGGUGCAUGCCUGUCUGUGUCUGUUUGUACCCUGGCAUCCCAUCUAGGAUGUGUCAUGCAUUACACCUUUUAGUUGGCAGGAUAGGCUCCAGUUCCCCCACAGCCCUAUAUUGGAUACAGCAAUUAGAAAAAAAAUGGAUGGAUAUACAAUUGCUGAUUAAACUGGAUACCCUGUAGUUAGUAGUUUACAACUUCAGGGAUACAUUUUUUCUAAUUUUUAGAAAUAUAUAUAUAUAAUAUAAAGACAUGAAGUAGACAGCAAGGUGGGUUUCAGAAGAUAAUGUGCUCAGUAUCUUCUGUACCAAAGGUACAUGUCUAUACACUCAGCUGCUGGUUUCUGUGGUCUUUCUCAGCUAUAUGUUCUAUACUGUUUAUAUAAGUAAGAGUUGAUUCAACAUGGGUGAAGUUUAAUAUAAUUCUCACUACUGUGCAAUUAAAUGAGCUGGUAGCAUCCGUAGUGUUGAAUAUACAGUAUCUUGUAAAAUUAUUCAGGCCAUUCCCAAGUUGGCCCAUUGUAAUUAUGAAAUUACAAAAUGAUGCAUACACCUCUUUUAUUUAAAACCCGAGUUCUCUCAACUGAAGACAUCUAAGGCCAACAUAAGUUACAAUAAAUGUCAGCAAAA